UGUGCCAUAUAAGGAAUGCGCGGGACCAGUGUUCUUGCAAGUGACUCGCGGAUACCGGCUUCCUAUUGCCGGCUAUUUAGCGUUACUUCUGUGGAAUGUCACAACCAGUCACUAUAACUUGCAAAACAAUACCAUUAUUUUCCUAUCAACAAGCGACCAAAGUCGAACAUUCAAUUACAACGGAUCUUACACUGAUGUCCUGCACAAAAGUACCUGUCCAUUACACCCUAACUGUGAUAUCUGCACGGAGCGGGGUAGAGACAGCGUUCAGUCGCCCGAGAUAUUCUGUUCAUUCUGAGCUUUGAAUGAAAGGAAGCUCUUUCACUGCAUUUAGAGCGUUAAGAGCACACGAGGUUCAUCAAAACUCUUUUCAUCUACAAUUGCCAGACAAUGUCAAGCUCUGGCAAGCGGAGAGUUAGCAAACACAGGACCUUGAAGGUGACCGUGGUGGGAGACAGUCAAGUGGGCAAGACGUGUUUGUUGCUGACUUACGUCACUAAGAAGUACCCAGCAUGCGUCCCGGCGUCGUUCGAGUGGCAUCUUGCUGGAACCGGUUUCAACCAGAGCACCUACCCCAACAUCCAGGUGGACGGACAACGUUACGAUCUGGACUUCACCGACACGCUGGGACUGGACAGCUCCUUGUCUCUACGGUUGCUGGAGUACAUGACCACUGACGUGUUUGUCGUCUGCUUCGACAUUUCCUGUCCAGAAUCCUUUGAAAAUGUGCGGGAAAAAUGGAUGCCGGAAAUCCGGUCUGCCCAGCCUGAGAUCCCAAUAAUUGUCGUUGGCACCAAACUUGACCUCCGGAACAAUUCUGUCGUCAAGUCGGGCUUAGCAGAGAUCGGUAAAAAGCCCGUGCUCCACGAGGAAGGUCAGAGGUUGGCACGUGAAUUGAAGGUCGUGGACUAUGUGGAGUGUUCAUCUCUCAAUAACGAUGGCGUCAGGUCGGUGUUUCUCACAGCAGCGCACGCAGCUUGUAUGACAAAGAAAAGCCGCGUUGGUGGAGGUCACAAUGUGCCAGAGAAAGACUGUUGUAGAUGUGUGAUACUAUGAAAUAGAUUGUCCACUGAUUCUGUUACAUUAUCAAGAAACGACACAUAAAAUAGUGACAUUCAACAGCCCUUCCUGGUAAGGAGGAAGUUGACCCCACGACCCUGCCGCUGCAAGGUCAAUGACGUGUAAAUACAAUUAGAUGAUUGAGGAUCGGUGUCUGGAUUGGCUUCCAGGAUCUGUGUCUGGGCCUGCUUCCAGGAUGAGGAGCUGGAUUUGCUUCCAGGAGCUCCCUCUGUUUCAAACUGAACCUUCAUUGUAGAUCACUUCGGUAUAAAUGAAUUCCUAACACCAGUUCGUAAUAUCCGAAGUACAAUGUAUCAACCUUUUGCAUGUAAUGCUGGACUGCAGCAGUUUACGGUUUAUUAUAUAUAUAUGGUAUUAGAUACCCUUCAUCAAACAAACAUUCAAAAUGCAACAAGUUGAAACAUUGUUCCAAAAUGUUGCAAAAUAGGUCUUACGCAUUGAUUUUAUCAAGUGUAUUUUUAUCUGGUGUGACGCCGACGACUCGGUAACCUGCGUCAGUAUCGACGUCAUUGUAACCUGUCAGUAUCGAUGUAACUUGUAUCAGUAUCGACGUCACUGUCACCUGUGUUAGUAUCGACGUCACUGUCACCCGUCCCAGUAUCGACGUCACUGUCACCUGUGUUUGUAUCGAUGUCACUGUAACCUGUAUCAGUAUCGACAUCACUGUCACCCGUCCCAGUAUCGACGUCACUGUCACCUGUGUGUGUAUCGACGUCACUGUCACCUGUGUCAGUAUCGACGUCACUGUCACCUGUCCCAGUAUCGACGUCACUGUCACUUGUGUUUGUAUCGACGUCACUGUCACCUGUGUUAGUAUCGACGUCACUGCCACCUGUGCUAGUAUCGACGUCACUGUAACAUGUGCUAGUAUCGACGUCACUGUCAUCUGUUUUACUAUCGACGUCACUGUCACCUGUGCUAGUAUCGACGUCACUGUCAUCUGUGCUAGUAUCGACGUCACUCUAACAUGUGCUAGUAUCGACGUCACUGUCACCUGUUUUAGUAUCGACGUCACUGUCACCUGUUUUGGUAUCGACGUCACUGUCAUCUGUUUUAGUAUCGACGUCACUGCCACCUGUGCUAGUAUCGACGUCACUGUAACAUGUGCUAGUAUCGACGUCACUGUCAUCUGUUUUACUAUCGACGUCACUGUCACCUGUGCUAGUAUCGACGUCACUGUCAUCUGUGCUAGUAUCGACGUCACUGUAACAUGUGCUAGUAUCGACGUCACUGUCACCUGUUUUGGUAUCGACGUCACUGUCAUCUGUUUUAGUAUCGACGUCACUGUCAUCUGUUUUAGUAUCGACGUCACUGUCACCUGUGCUAGUAUCGACGUCACUGCCACCUGUCCCAGUAUCGACGUCACUGUAACCUGUGCUAGUAUCGACGUCACUGUCAUCUGUUUUAGUAUCGACGUCACUGUCAUCUGUUUUAGUAUCGACGUCACUGUAACAUGUUUUAGUAUCGACGUCACUGUCACCUGUGCUAGUAUCGACGUCACUGUCACCUGUGCUAGUAUCGACGUCACUGUCAUCUGUUUUAGUAUCGACGUCACUGUAACAUGUUUUAGUAUCGACGUCACUGUCACCUGUGCUAGUAUCGACGCCACUGUCACCUGUGCUAGUAUCGACGUCACUGUCAUCUGUUUUAGUAUCGACGUCACUGUCAUCUGUUUUAGUAUCGACAUCACUGUAACAUGUUUUAGUAUCGACGUCACUGUCACCUGUUUUAGUAUCGACGUCACUGUAACAUGUUUUAGUAUCGACGUCACUGUCACCCGUUUUAGUAUCGACGUCACUGUCACCUGUAUCAGUAUCGACGUCACUGUCACCUGUUUUAGUAUCGACGUCAUUGCCACCUGUUUUAGUAUCGACGUCAUUGUCACCUGUGCUAGUAUCGACGUCAUUGUAACAUGUUUUAGUAUCGACGUCCCUGUAACAUGUUUUAGUAUCGACGUCACUGUAACAUGUUUUAGUAUCGACGUCACUGUCACCUGUGUCAGUAUCGACGUCACUGUCACCUGUUUUAGUAUCGUCUAUGAUUAAACCAUGAAGGGUU